GCCGAGUGGACAGUGAGCCUGUGGCCAGCCUGAGCCUCCACCUUGGCAGUCGGCUGGUGGCCUCCAGUCAGCCCGGGGGUGCUCCUGCCGAGUCACACAUCCACGUGGUGGCCUCUCCCAAUGCCCUGAGGGUGAACAUGGAGGAGCUGAGGCCCAGCGACCAGGGAGAAUAUGUGUGCUCCGCCUCCAACAACCUAGGCUCUGCCUCUGCCUCCACCUACUUUGGGACCAGAGCCCUGCACCGUCUGCAGCUGUUCCAGCAGCUUCUUUGGGUCCUGGGUCUGCUGGCUGGCCUUCUCCUCCUGCUGUUGGGCUUGGGGGCCUGCCACACCUGGAGGAGGAGGCCUUUUCAUAAGCUGAUCACGGACAAGGGUUCAAUGGAGAUGGCUUCUCACAAAGAGACCACGCAGGAGGAAGAGGAGGACGAGAUGGUUGCCAGCAUCUGUGGUGACUCCAGCGCGGUGAACGGGAACAAGACAGCAUUGGGUCCACCCACCUCUGCGAAAACAUCUCUGUGACAUCUGACUUGCUUUGACCUGGCUUCAAGCCUCUUACUCCCAAGAAAAAUGAGGGUGAUCUCCAAUCUACCCAGGAUGGUGUAGACCCUGGGCAACUCUGAAGAGAACUGAGUCGAUCAUGUCCACGUCCUCUUUCCUCUGGGUGUCCUCUCUCCUCUCCAUUUCUUCUCCAGAGGAGACACCGCCCCCUCACAUCUUCCUCCCCAGAGCCCACCCUGGACUUUCUGGAUGGAUUAGAAUGGAAGUGGAGUGAUUGGUGUCCUCAUUGCUCGCCAAGGCACUCUGUAUUAGACAGAAUGGAAAUUGGCUGCUCUAACCGGAGACCAAAUGCAGUGACUUCGACAUGAUAGAAUUUUGUUUCUUUCCCAUACUUAGUCGGUUAUGGUGGUUAAAGGCGCUGAGACUCAGGAUGCUUCUGUCUUACUUGUUUUCAUCCAUAAAAUGUUGCCUUUGAUUAUGAAGUU